GGGUUAUCUUACGCGCACGUCGCGCACAAGUGGCGUGAGCAAGAAAGGAAACGGGGGAGUUUCACAGUGGCGCAAGCGCUUCGUUCUCUUGCAGACUGCUGGCCUUUAGGACAGAAUGGCUAACUCCAGGAGUGCUUCAAGUCUUGUUGGAACUGCGGAUGUCAGGAACUUGCUGGUUGACCUGGAAGGCGCCAGGGGCUUUUUCUCCGGGAAGCUCAUCGACUACCGCAUGCCGUGCACGGCUUCAGAAGACAGAACCUGUCAGAUUGUUGCCAACCUUAGCGUAUGGAACGAGUUCCUGCGCCCGCUUCAGCUGGAGCUGCGCGAGCUACCAGAAACCGGGAGGCAACUGGGUCUGAUCAAUAUUGACAUUGGCAACGUUUCAGCGCCUCCGAUAGACCAACUGCGUCAAGCAGCCACGGUCCUGUACUGGCUUCUUAGUACCCACCACUGCGUCGCACAAAUCCACUUUGGGCGCAUGUUCGCUUCUAGACCAACGGCUCAUUUGUGCUUGCCGGUGCUUUGCGAAACCCUCGAGGGAAAUUAUUCAUUGAAGUCCGUCGUUCUUGAAUAUCGCUCAUUCGGGAAACUGAAAUCCGAGGAAGUAGAAAAGAUUUUAAAGAUCGUUUCGUCUUUGAAAUGCCUGGAGGAACUUGAGUUCCCGCAUCAGUACUCCUCAUUGUGUUCGCGCAGCGUUUCUGCUAUUCUUCGAAGCACGACUACGUUAACUGUACUCGACUGGACCUUCGCACAAGGCAUAGAACCCACGCAAGCGCGCCAGUUCUUGACAGCACUGAGUACGAACUCGACGCUCCGUGAUUUGUCGUUAAGCGCUAGGGUAAUAAGCGCUGAUCCCACUUUGUUCUUUGAAUUUCUAACCGGUGACGCCCGGCUACAAAAUUUGAGAGUGGUCUCUCCAAUUUUCUUACCUAGCCAUUCCUUAACAUGGAUAUUGAAAGGUAUGGUGAAGAACCGGUCAGUCUCAAGCUUGCAAGUCGAGAAUAUCGCAUUAGAUUUUGAGAGCGUAGAGAUUGCAUCAAAAGUUCUUGCUGAAAACAGAGUUUUGAGAAGCUUUCGGCUGUCAACAGGCACCAGCGCGACAGAAACGGCUGCGCGGUACGGAUUACGCUUUGAGAUGCCGUCCAACACUACUGCCUUACAAGACGCCAUUGCGCGUAACGACACCUUACAGUAUAUGACCUUGAGUUUCAGCAUCUGGUGUGCUGAGCACUGGGGGCCUUUCUUCCGUGUUUUGUCGAAGCACACAAGUCUCAAGAUGGUGACCAUCGAUGUUGAAGAAGAAAAAUACCGCCUUUUGCCUGGCGUCCUCGAAGCCCUUCAAGAAAGUGGCUGUGUAGAGAAGGUUAACUUCAGAGCUCCCCAUAUCUCCCAGGAGUUGACUGUUGCCGAUUGCAAAGCUGUUUGCGAACAUCGCCUAAAGGUAUCGGAUACGGCAAAAGAUAGACAGUUGCCAUUUUUCCAACAGCUCUCCACUUUUCCCCGCUUGAAAGAGUUGAGGCUGAUAAUUGUGAACUGGGACUGCACAAUUUUUUCUGCUUUUUCUGAAUACGUAGCAAUGACUACGACGCUCCGAAAGUUGCACGUAAACUUUAGGCUGGAAUUCGCUGCGCGUGAAUUAAUAGAGUGGUGGCCGGCACUUUCGAGAUCGCUUCUGCUCAACAAGAGCAUUGCUGAGCUUGCCAUUGGUGUUGUUGUGGAGAGCAGGCAGAAUAUCGAGAUGCUUGGUGACGCGCUAAGGCGGAGCUCGACUAUCCGAAAACUCAUCUUGAUGGAGUUUAGUUAUCUCGCAUCGAACGCCUUCGUUGAGGGUCUAUGCGCUGAUAUCUUGAAGAACUACACGCUGUGCAAGGUCGCCAUGGACUAUUGGAUGUGGUUAAAUUCUGAGGCGUACUGGGUCGCCUUGUGGGACGCAUCGCGGCGAAACUCUGGCUUCGUAGCCCGAGCAGCGCAGUUCCUGAACCACGCACGGUGUGACAGGCUCUGCGCCGCUGCUCUGGACCGAGUGUCCCGUCAUCCGGCGCUGGUAGCCGAGCUUGCGGAAGUGCUGUCCAUAGGCGAGGAAGAGGCAGCACGCAGGGUGCGACAACGGUUUCGCAGCAUCGAAGGUCUGCACGAGUUCAUGCGACUGGCCGGUGUCGUCAAGCAGCGGGUCACGUGUCGGCCGAGCGAGGACGGACGCGCGCAGCUGGACGACCUCAACAGCGAGUGCUGGUGUCACGUGAGGCGCUACCUGCAGCUGGACGACGUAGCGUUUGACUGAACGUUGCCGGCAGAUGUGCAGGCACUUUUGUUUGCCACCUCAUCCACGGCGUGAACGAUCGCCAACCGUAGUAUAUGUAAUUUCUGUGGAGGACGGUGUGUGUCACUGUGUUUGAUACAUUAUACUCAGAACAUGGGAUCGGUGUAAGCCCCAAGUAUUCUUAGUAAGAGUUCCACGUUCAUCUUUGUUUUAUUUUUUAUCCUUUGCGGUAGUUCCUGCGAAAACUGCGUUUAAUGUGAGGCUUAGCAAAUAUUCCAUUAUUGUCAGCAGAGUUAUAUACUUUUUGUUACCCUGGGUACUUGGAUGGUUAUCAGCUCCCGAAGGCCUGAUGUUAUUGCGUACUUUUUCUGCUUCCAAUAAAGAUAAAUUUUGUUGCAGAAAUGUUUGCGCCGCUUUCCUCUACGCAAGUAGUACGACAUGCGGCGUGUAGGAUUACACGCAGAUGUGCUUUAAAGGAAGGUGCCACAAUGCGAGAAUGGGAGUGUUCAACGAUGGUGUUGGGCAGCUGAGCACGAGGUCGCGGGAUCGAAUCCCGGCCACGGCGGCCGCAUUUCAAAGGUGGCGAAAUGCGAAAACGCCCGUGUGCUUAGAUUUAGGUGCACGUUCAUGAACCUCAGGUGGUCGAAAUUUCCGGAGUCCUCCACUACGGCGUGCCUCAUAAUCAGAAAGUGGUUUUGGCACGUAAAACCCCGUAAUUUAAUUUUUAACUUCUGCUUAGGAAGAAAGCUGGAGCUUAAGGAAGCAAUGAUUUGAAACCUGUCAUGCCUCAUUUAAUGGAUUAGACAAAUUAGACCAUCCACGAUUAGGAAUGAGUUAUUUUGCCAUCGGACGUAUCCUCAAAGCGAGUAACAACAAUUCUGUAAUAUUUGGAGUGGUGGUGCAGAUGCCUAAGUUGUAAUUGCAUUGCAGUCGCAGGAGAUGUGGCUGUAGCAGAGGCCAUCUGUUGGGCUUAAUCAUUGAACCGCAAGCAAGAAAAGAAUUUCCUUGUUAGUGUAAAGCGAGUGUAAUAACGGUACUUUUUGUUCAUGACCUGUCAAAGCCCAUGGGUACAACCAGUAAACGGAGUGAAAAAUGACGCGACAAUGCUGUAGCUGUUUUACAUUCAACACUUUUUCCAACAGUAUUUCCACAACCGUCUCCGUUGCCCGAGGAUUGCGGCUUCGCAUGCUGCUCUAUCAACGAAUGGGUCUUUGAAGAAUGCCCAGAUUUCUACCUUAUUGCAAUUUGAGACAGCCGCUUGCUGCAACCCAUAUGUGUCAGUCCUUUUUUAUAGAUGCUUCAUUUCAUGUAAUAUGUAUAAUAAAUUGAUUUUGUUGUUUGGUGCG